GAGAAAUUAAAAUAAGAAAAAAAGAAAAAAAGAACCAGAGGAAGAAGAAAGGAAGCGUAAAAAUAAAAAGUGACCGAGUGAGAAUGAGUCUACAGUGAGUCUCUCUCUCGCAUCAAAGAUCCCUUUUUCUUUGUCUGAUAAUCCUGUUUUUGUCUCAUCAUUAGCUUUGGAAUUUUGCCUUGCCCACGCACUGGUUAGUUCAGCUUCCUUCAUUCCCAUUUCUAAAUGGGUUUAUUAUUGCUUAAAUUUAUCAUUAAAUUUUUUUGUUUUAUUUGGAUAAAUGAGUUUGAGAAUUGCUACUGAUUGUUUGUUCUAGUAACCCAGCUGAUGGGUUUUUGCAUUUCAGUUCAAUUCUGGGCAUUUUCUGUUGUGGGUUUUGUUCUGUUGUCCUUGCCUUUUGCUCUAUUUUCGUUUUCUUUUUGGUUCCUGGGUUUUGAACUUUGAAGAAUAUGGUCAAACUUUUUAUGAGUCGUCGAUGAAAUUGUCAGGUGGAUUUUCUCUUUUGUAUGAUCUUAGCUGUGAUUUUUUCAUCCUGGAGACUGGAGUGCGUCGAUGAAUUUUGUAGUGUUGUAGCUGAAAUUGAGUUUCGUGAGUUAAUCAUAGAUGUUCAUAAUCUUUUGUCUCUUAAAAGCGAGCUAGGAAAUCAGGUAAGGGAAUUUUUGUUCCAAUUUUGAUCGUUAUCUUCUGCGAUGUAAUGGGAUUUUUCUGGUUAAGAUAUUGUGUGGUUCACUGGGUCGUCUAAAUUUGUUUGUUUAGCUAGCUUGUGAUCAAUCAAGUUUCUGAAUGUGCCUAGGGAAGACAGAAGGUGCUUCAGUAUAUAGAGGGUAAUUUUCGAGUCUUAUGUAGAGUUCUAAAAGUAUGAGAAGUUUAUUUUGAUGUUGAGAAGGAAGUGAAUUACUUCUGUUCAUGAUGCAUAGUUAGUGAUAAGUGACCCAUGCUGCGGUGAUCUUCUAAUUAUUUUGCUCAUAAUCAUGCCAGGAUGUGACAUUCAUGAGAAAUGGGUUUAGAAUUGAAGUAAAUAUAUGCGAGGGAUUGUAGUAUCGUUCAAUCUGCUUUCUUCAGGAGAGGAUAGUUUGCCCACAGACCAAUAGCAUAUGAUCUGAAACUUUGUAAUUGUUUUCACAGUGAGCGAAGGUAUACACUUGCUGAUUGAAAAAGUGGCUUUUCCUUUUGAGAUCCCCAUGUUUCCUGUGUACCUUUGUUGGUGGUUGGACUUGCAUGGCUGUUCCUUUGCUGGGUCGACACCGUAAAAUCCCAACCAGCAAGUUUCCAAUGGAGGGAGCAGGCAGUCUUGCCUCUGUUGGCAAUGAUCAUGUUAUUGAUAUUAGAAGCAGCAGCGAGGCUUCCUCCUCUAACCCACCCCAUAACCGUGUAUCCAAUGAGCAGCAGCAGAGUGAUAAUCUGCCUUCUACUAGUACUAGGACUCCUGUUUUUCAGCCUUCCCUCUCUACUUCUAGAGGAGGUUCAAACAUACGAAGUUCAUCAUUAAACCGAAGAGAAAAUGGACGUAACCGCCAAAGAAGCCCAUUGAGUUCUGGGAUAUGGAUAUCUGUUGAAUUAGUUUUAACCGUGAGCCAAAUAAUUGCAGCUAUUGUUGUUUUGGCUUUAUCAAGGCAUGAACAUCCGCAUGCCCCUUUGGUUGUUUGGGUGGUGGGUUAUGCUUCUGGAUGUGUAGCUAUUCUUCCUCUUCUUUACUGGCGCUAUCAUCAUCGUCAUCAAGGUUCUGAUAGGGAGUCUUCGCAGUCCAAUUCAACCUCAACUCAAAAUGAGCUUUCUGCGGCACCUAGUUCAGGGACUUCAGAUAGGGAUAGCCGUCGGUCAAGUGGUUAUGGUUCUCAAGGUGCCCAUAAUGUUGGUGCACUAAGUUUAAGGCUAAAGGUCCUCGUAGAAUACUUUAAGAUGGCUUUGGAUUGCUUCUUCGCAGUAUGGUUUGUGGUUGGUAAUGUAUGGAUUUUUGGAGGUCACUCUUCGUCCGCUGAUGCUCCCAACUUGUAUAGGAUAUGUAUAGUCUUUCUUACGUUUAGCUGCAUUGGAUAUGCUAUGCCGUUUAUAUUCUGUGCCACUAUCUGCUGCUGCCUCCCUUGCAUAAUUAGGGUCAUGGGCUUUAGAGAAGACACUAAUCAAAGUAGAGGGGCCACUACAGAAUCAAUUAAUUCCUUGCCAACUUAUAAAUUCAAGACAAAGAAGAACAAAAGUAAUGACAAAGAAAAUAAUUCUGGAGGGAUUGAAGGCGGAAUUGUAGCAGCAGGAACAGAGAAGGAGCGUUUCAUAUCUGGAGAAGAUGCGGUUUGUUGUAUUUGCCUGGCGAAGUAUGCACACAAUGAUGAACUCAGAGAACUGCCGUGUACACAUUUCUUUCACAAAGAAUGUGUGGAUAAAUGGCUGAAGAUCAAUGCUGCAUGUCCACUUUGCAAAGCCGAAGUCGGUGAGACUGUGUUGCAAUCUGUUAGGCAAGCAGUUGCGAGUCUGUGACCCGAGAAUCGUACUGCAGGAAAAUUUGCCACACACUUUUGAUGUCCAUAAAGUUCGAUCACUUGCCUUUUUACAGAUGGUCGCCAAGUUGCCCAAAAACUACCUGUCUGUCUGUUCUCUCCACAUUAAUCUAUCUUUGGUCAAGCAGGCUGUGAGAGUGUUGUACCUUUGGUAUAGCUGCAUCGUAAAUGUCUUUCAGUAGUAGCAAUAUUAGUGUAUUUGUCGAGCUAUCUCGAGUGGAAAUCUUUAGUAUGCUGUUGCUAAGCUUUAGCGUGUAGGUUGGACAAAUGGAAAACCGAAAGAUAACCCAGAUUCUGGUAUGUUGCAGCUCCAUCGGCUGUUGCUUAUUUGAGAAAAGAAAAAACGCCUACAUUUUACCUGCAAAUUGCAAUCUACAUUGGACAAAAUAACAGGGUUAUGGAAACUGGCUGAACAUUAGUAAUUUAUUGUCUGCUCCCUCUGUCUCAAAAUUGUCCCAAAAUUAUCGUGCAUUUUGAGAUUUCACUUUUAGUAUAAUUUGAAUUAAAAAUAAAAAUCCAAAUUGGAUAAUAAUUAUGGGACGAAGGGAGUAUUUUUCGAUGUAAUAAGUUGGCAUCCUUAACAAAGAAUCAG